CUGUGUAAUGUAGCACGGGAGGGGAAAGCCAAAACCUGCUUCCAGAUCUGGCACACUGACUGGAGCAACGGAAACGACAUCCCGAAGGCGCCCCUGCAAGAGCACAAAAUCCGCAAUCGGCCGCCGCCCUCGCGCCCUGGUCAGAAGCGACGUCACAUCACACAAGGGGUGCGUCGCGGAGUCCGAAGGAACGGCGGGAGCAGAUGGAGGUGGCGCGUCGGCUAG